CAAUUGGUUGUCAUCACGUUCUCGCGAGACCUUUCUAACCAAUCAGCGUGUAGCAGCGACAAGUCAAAUAUUCGAUUUCAAGUGUAGCGCCUGACUUCUUCCACGAGACUAGUUGCUUCUUUGAACUGUUUUGGACUUUACGACAAAAACUUCAACUGAGGACGAACCGACAUUAUCUGGAAGCUGCACCAUGAACAACACUGCAGUUUCAAGACCACAACACACAAAUAGGAGAGGAAAGGAAAAUGCCCCGCCUGGCAAUAAAAGCACGUCUUUCAACAGAAAAGACCUUUCAAAAUCAACAAGAACCGCCCCCUUGCAGGUUAACCAUGAGAAAACUGAAAUGCUGGUAAAAAAUGGUCUAAGGAAAGCCACGUCCAAACAAGCAGACACAAAGAUAAAGUCCAUGCAGAGAGAUGUGGAGAGAAACGCUGUUAGUGGAGCAAACAGCCAGGUCAUUCUCAGCCAUCAAGUACCUCCAAGAGCAGCAACUUCAUCCAAAGUUGCUCUGGGCAUGUACAAAGGUAAAAUUGUACAGUCAAAAAUUGGAUCCAUUUGGAAGUCAAGUACAGCACAAGCAGUGCCUAAAACGGAAAACCAGAGGGCGGAUAAUUUGGCAAAACACCCCCCGAAACCGGCAGUCGCCGUCCGCCCUCCACGGAAUGUUCGCCCGAUGACUACCGCUGCGACAGCGCCGAGGAACACCGGCUCCAGAAACAUUACCACGGCUCCCACACAGACUAGGACUCUUGUAACGGACAAGAAGGUCAAGAAGCCUCCUGUAACGAGCACCCUCAGUCAAUACAGAGCCACCGAAACUGCCCAGGAAAAAAGAGCAAAACUAGCAGAGUGGUUGGCGUCGAAGGGCAAGACUUUAAAGCGACCCGCCAUGACAACAGCACCCCCUAAAACUAAAACCUCUACAACAGCCAAAGUCGACAACAAACUCAAGUCUGACGUGACGUCAAAACCAGACCCACGACGAGAACCGGAGCCUGGCAUUCACGCAGUGCCAACUACUUCUGUGUGUCUGCAAGCACAGGAAGCCGUGAAGCUCGCCACCCAGACGCCGGUCAUAAUCAACACGACUUUGGACCUUCUGGAAAACUCUGAUCCAGAUCUGUCUGCUGUGCAGGAUGGAGUUGAUGAUGUCGUUGUGAACCUGUGCGGUGCUUUGGACGCCAUGCAGACACCCUCAAAAUGCCAGGACGAUGCUGACGAGGAGGUAGGAGUUAUAGAGGAUGGCAGUGUCAAGGAGGAGACGUUUAAGAAUGAAGACUCCGAUCAGCGAGUGAAGGAUGACAUGGAAGAAAGUGAACAGAAAGUGCAGAGCGAUGAAGAUCAGAGUGAUGAGAAUGUGGAGAACGUGCUUCAGAUGGAUCAAGCCUCUGUUGUCAAAUACAGUGUGAAGACGACGCCACAUUUGCAAAGCGUUAAGAAGAAAAUCCAAAGAGAGGUCCAAACAAGCGCAUCCCGAAAGAAAAGCAACAUCAAAGAUCUGAAGUUUCUGACGCCGGUGCGUCGUUCCUGCCGCAUUGAGCACAGAUCUUCACAUCUGCCCCCGAUGCUUUUGGACCACGACCCCUGUGUGUCAUCACUGUCUGAGCUGGCCCAGCUGGAUGAUGACCUCAAUGCUUACAUUUACAGGAAAAAUCCUGGUCUGGUGGAGGAGCCUUAAAAAGUAAUAUGUAUGGGACUACUAAUUGAAUGUAUUUAUACAGCUCAUUUUAAUUGUCUGAAAUAUUAACAAACUCGGUUAUACCUUUCCAGUUCUUAUCAGAUCGGAUGUGUAUUCAGUUUUUCUAAUUACUUCCAAGAGUGUUUUUAAUACAAAGUUAUCACAAAAUACACUACAAUAAAGGCAAUAUUGUCUGACCUUUUUAACAAAUUUA